GUCUGUCUCUCUCUCUCUCUCUCUCUUCUCAUCUCCACUUCUUCGUAACUCGUAACGCAUCCACUGGUAGAUUGUUGUUGUAGCGGGGCAAACGGACUUCCGUAUUGCGCGCGAGGUACAUGUGUACUUUUUUCUCGGUUUUGUUUCGAUAGUUUAGUGUCGUCUUCUUUUUGCAACUCACGUGCUGAACGAAACAGGGGUAGAUGUAGACGUCAACCCUUCUCUGUACUUUCUUCUGAAGUAAGUCGCAUCUACUAUUAAGAGGGGACGAUCCACCCUCGAAGCUUCAGAUAGCCAGGAGUCCUUAGAGAGAAGAAGAUAUCCAAACACUUUGCUCUGUGUUACUACAUCGUCUUCCAACUUGUGUCAUCAUCUUUACGGAAUCUUUAUCUCAUUUUGCAUCGGCUUACUUCUUCUACCCAUUUUAAAGCUGAUUUCUUUAAUCUUGAGAGGAUUCUUCUGGGAAUUUGCUCUUUAACUUCAGACCAUUCUUCAAACAAAGGUCUUGGACCUUCGUCGAUAUUUCUGAAUUUGUUUGCUGUGGUCUUGGGACAACUUCUAAGAUGGAGCCGAUGCAGAGGAGUAGUUGUCGUUACACAGAAAUGCAGACAGUGUCUUACUACGAUGGGUACCCAUCUACGAACGGCGAUAUGAACGCUUAUAAUGCCAACACAGCCAUCAACUCCAUGUACGCCAAUACCUUCGCAAAUGACGCCCAUCCUCAUCAGGCGAGGAACGGCGGCAGUCAAUGCUACGGCAGCGAUUCGGCCAACUCGAGCCCCGGCGAAAGCUGUCGCGAGGAGGACUUGGAGCACGUGCUCGCGCCCGGCUUCCCGGGGCAGGGAGAGCGACGGUGUCUGAUGUGGGCCUGCAAAGCCUGCAAGCGAAAGAACGUGGCCGUCGACAAGAGGAAGGCGGCGACGCUCCGUGAACGGAGACGACUUCGAAAGGUGAACGAGGCGUUCGAAGCACUGAAGAGGCAUACGUGUGCGAACCCCAACCAGCGGUUGCCGAAAGUAGAGAUCCUGCGAAAUGCCAUCGAAUACAUAGAGAAACUGGAAAGAUUACUGCAGGUGGAGAAAGCAAAUGGGGACAGCGAAAUGGACUCGGCAGAAACAAGCUCAAACACAUCAGAUGCCAUGAAUAAGGCAAUCCUCACAUCUCUGCAUGGUAUUGCAGUAGCAGAAAUUGCAAUCCUGAGCGACCGCAUAGUUGUAUACGUUAGUGGUCAAUCAUUCGAAUGGCAUUGGGCUACAAUCCCAAGCGAACUCACCCGUAAUCGGGCGGGAUAA